AUGGCGGAGUUAAAUUGUGAAAACGAUAAAAACAAGUGCGAAAUGCGAGUUUCUGAAGGCAAAAAUUCAAAAGGAAGAUUUGUAAGUUCGGGAAAGUUCAAAGAAAAUUUAGAUAAGGUUGCAGUGAUGCAAAAAGGAAAGAUUUUAAACGAGCGAAAAAGGAAAUUGGCGGUGUGCAACGACGAAAACGAGAGGGCAAGCGACGACGAUACAUCAAAGACAACGUUAAAGAGGCCGAAAAGGCAACAACAGGUAACAGUAAAUUUUUUUCACAAAGUAAGUUUUCUUUUGUAUUUUCACGUUAUAUUUUUCCAGUCUAAAAUAAGUUAUCAUUGUUAUGCUUUAUAGACAACUAGCCGACUUGUCGGGUCGAGAGUAGUUGAUAUCGACACAUUGAAAAAAGGACUGUCAAAAUGUUUAGCUUGCGGUAAAGGUAUGAACUUACAAGCUAUAAAUAAAUCUUAUAUAAUAAAAAUACAAUAA